UCCCUGAGACUUUUAAAUACAUUCUCAUUCUUUAGAAAUCAUUGAGAAUACUAAGAAAGAGAUAAUAAUUCGAGGAAAGAACAUCAUCUUAAUAAAAUGGAACACAAGUUUAGAGAAGUUCGAAAAGAAUUUCGAAGAUGACUUCUUAGAUAUCCAGUCUGAUCCUAUUAACUCAGUCUUGAUCAUUGUUAAAUAAACUGGCUUAUAAAUAAAAUCCAAGCCUUCUGCGCAGAGAAUUUUGAAAACGUUGUGAUAUUCCAAAACGAGAUAAAAUUCUGGAUGGAAAUCGGAAAGUCGACAAGAAACCCUCUCAAUCGGGUGAUUGUCUUCGAUGAUUGGACUAAGCCAGGGUAUUCCUUUGGAUAUUUCUCAAGGCUUGCAAAGAGGAUACCAAUGUUACUGUAUGAGGUAAAAGAGCUGAAGGAAGUCAGAGAUACAGAUUUUAGAGAUAUUUCCUUUCUUAAGAGAGGGCUCGAGAAUUUUCUGACAAUAAAACUGUCACAGGUAGGAGGAGAUUAUGCUCAGUUAGAGGAAUUUAAUGACUUAAGAGGAGUCAUUGGUUACUCUGAAGAGCUAGGAGAGAUCAUUUUGAGGGAUCUUGGAUAUCAAGUUUAUCACGAUGACUCUCACGACUUCUUCCUUAAAAACCCAAAAAGAAUACAAAUGCUUAUCGAAAUCCUUGUAAAGCUGAAAUCAAACUGGAAUGGAUUCAAAAAGAACCAGUCAGAGUUUUCAAAGUUAGUGAAGUCUCUAAAGAACAUUUGUGAAGGUCAUUUUAACAAUGAGGCUAAGAAAGAAGAGCUUAAGGAUGAUAUUCCCAAUGUAGACCUGUUCAACACUCAUCUGAUCAAACAGCUUUUUGCCUCAGGAAUUCUGUCUAAUUGGCUGUUUUCAAAAGAAAGACAAUUAGAAGAUUACUCUAUUACAUCACUAGAGUCUUUGGUGUCAGGGUUCAGAGUUAUCAAAGAAGGAACUGAGAAAGAAUAUAUAUCAGAGGUUGACAAACUUAAUGGACAGAUAAAAGAGGAAUUGAAUAAGGCUUAUGGUAGUUACAAUCAAUAA